AUGUUUAUGGAGCUUCGAGUGGUUCAUCAAAUGUAUGACAAAGAGGAUUUGUCGUUGGUGUGCCUAAGAGAUGUUGGUGUGGGGAACAAAUCAUGGCAAAGAAUUCCAAAUUCGAGCCUAAUCCUUGUCGGCGAUACUUUUGAUGUCGAGAAGCAGCCGGAAAGAAGGUACUAUCUUGUGAACGAUAACCACACUUUUAAAUGGGUCAAUGAGGCACUAUUGGACGAGGUAGCAACAUUGGGUGUUCAAAUUGAGAGACUAAAAGAAGAGAUGGAAAAGCUUACAAUAGAGGCAUUGCAAGACCAGAAGAUGAAAUUUGAGAAGAUGCAAAUGGAGUUCGAAAAAGAGCUGUUUGAGAGGUUGAUAAGCUCAAAUUAA